UUGCGGUUGGCGGCCGUGGCCCUUUUUUAUCACGGCUCCGCUCCUCCUCGCCUCGCUCUCCUUAGCCGCCGGAGUUUCGCCGAGUUUUUCCUAUACUUCGACGUUCCUUUUUGUCGAGUCCAGUCGUCGUGGAAAAGGAAGCCGACACCCGGGUAUGGCACCGCCGGCGGGAACACAACAGAGCUGCAAAGACGUUUCGUGAUAUUUCACGACGCCUGACUUCCAACGGCGGCAUCAGGUAGGUGCAGGAGGAAGAGACGGAAGAGAACAAACCGAUAAAAAGGUACGGUUGAAAGGCGGCACGAUGGCCACCUUGGUCAGGGACAUCACGCAUUGGUACCACGACCUCAUGUACAACAGAGGCGACGAAAGGACGAGCGGAUGGCCGAUGAUGGCGACCCCGUUGCCCACGUUGAUCGUGUGCCUCUGUUACGCGUACUUCGCCAAAGUACUCGGCCCGGCGAUGAUGCACAACAGGAAGCCGUUCAAGCUGAGGAGGGUCCUUAUAUUCUACAACCUCUUCCAGACGAUAUUCUCCGCUUGGAUCUUCUACGAGUAUUUGAUGAGCGGUUGGUGGGGAGAUUACAGCUUCAGGUGUCAGCCAGUCGACUAUUCAAGGAGCGAUAAAGCCAUGCGGAUGGCGAUGACAUGCUGGUGGUAUUAUUUCUCAAAGUUCACAGAGUUUUUUGAUACGCUUUUUUUCAUCCUGAGGAAAAAGAACGAGCACGUAUCUACGCUGCACGUCAUCCACCAUGGCAUGAUGCCGAUGAGCGUAUGGUUUGGCGUGAAGUUCACACCUGGCGGGCACAGCACGUUCUUCGCUCUCCUGAACACAUUCGUACACAUCGUCAUGUAUUUCUACUACAUGAUAUCGGCAAUGGGACCUGAGUACCAGAAGUACAUAUGGUGGAAGAAGCACCUCACGACUUUCCAAAUGGUCCAGUUUGUGAUGAUAUUCGCCCACCAGUUCCAGCUACUGUUCACACCGUGCGACUAUCCCAAGUCGUUCAUGGUGUACAUCGCCCUUCAUGGCGUACUUUUCCUAUUCCUCUUUUCCGAUUUCUACAGGGCCAAGUACAGGGGAGGAAAGCCGAAGAACGACGGCGUCUGCAUGGUCGUGUACAACAACAACGGGACGACGGACAAAUCCAAGUACAACGACGAGAAUGGGUACACCAAGGCGUACCCGACUCACUUCACCUCGUGCUACAGCCAUGGCGAGGGGAACGGGUACCUGCCUCCGACGGCGAUGGCCGAGUCGGACAAGGACAAAUGAUCGAAGGCGCGUCGGCGGCUGUGGGUAGGCAAAGCGGAAGAUGAGGCGACGGCCGUAUUUCGACGACACGGGCGAGAGGAGAGAUGGGGGAGGAAGCGCGGUUGAGGAUCCUGUCCACUCGACCGACCUAGGGAAAGACACAAACACAAAAUUCUUUUCUUCUUCUUUUUUAUUUUAUUUUUGUCCAUUUUUGAUGUUUUUUUAUUAUUUUUUUAUUAUACAUAAAUAAUAUAAUUCUUUUUUUUUUUAAUUUUAGUAUUAACUUUUAUUAUGUUUUAUUGUCUUAUUUUUUAAUAAUUAGUUUAUUGUUAGCCAAACAGAGAGAGGCCAUUUCAAAGACAAUCAAACCUCACUGAUGAUGUACAUUUUUUCUCUUUUCUCCUUCCUCUCCCUCUAUACCUCCCUCCCACUCUCUCUCUC